AAUCCCAUAAUGAAACGGAUCGCUUUAAAUUGUGACAUGUCUUUUGUAAUCAGGAUAUUUAUAAAAAUGAUUUAUUUUUUCUAUCAAGUCAUUUGAUGCUAUAAAAAUUAAUGUACUUCUUUCGGUAAGACUACUGAACAAACUAAAAUGAUGCUUCCAUAUAAUAACUAAAUCUGAUAAACGCUUCUAUUAUGAAUUCAAUGGAAAAUAAUGAUGUCUUUUAAUUACUUCAUUAAUUGUAUAUAUUUCAUCUUCACAGUCAGUCAUAAGUAAUGUACUAGAUAGCGGAAAAACAAUAAACUAAGUCAAUCAAUUUCUAAAUUUUUGUAUAACCCCCAAAUCAUUAACGAAAGUAUUGUUCUCUACUAAUCUUCUUACAAAGAAUUUCUGAACAGAAUACGGUGGUAUUUAAUGUGACUAUUUUAUUGCUUAAGUAAGGUAACAAAUUAACACGGAAUCAAGAUAGGUGAAUUUCACUAAAAAAUCAGUGAUGCGAAAAUUGUGAAAAACAAUACCUCUAUCAGAGAAAUUUCCUACUGAUUAAAAAAAUUAGUAAAAAUUGAAAAAUAUCCUGUGGAAGAAAUAACAACCAUUCUUACUUCACCCAUUCUUAUCCUCGCUAUUAACAACAAUAAUUUUCCUUAUUUGUUAUAAUGAUCUCAUCGACUGAUUCGAAACUUACUCAUUUUUAGAAAAAAGGAUGUUGUUAAUACAAUGAAUAAUACUACUAUUUGCUUUCAUAAGUAGAUUUCACAGGGAAAAGUUAUUUAACAGAAACUUGGAGAAUAAAUUCAUCCAAAAUAAGAUUAAAACCUAAUUUUAGAAUUAAUUUUAAAUUUCUCUAGUUAAUAAAAAUAGACAGAUAGGCACUUACUUGGAAGAUGUGGUAAGAUAAAUUGAAAUACAUAAGUAGUGGUGUAACUUAGAAGACAAGAGACUUGGUAAAGGAAUGUUUGUUUGCGAUCUGGAAUCUCUAUAUAGCCAAAUUAUGUACACCUUAUCUUCAAAUCAUCAUUUUCACAGACCUUCAGUGUCGUGCUACUUCUGGCCUUCAUAUUGUGUUUCUUUCACGUUUCCUGAGUAUCUCCGCAGCGCUGCAUCAUUUGCUUUCUUUGACAUCAAAUUUAACUCCCUGAUGUUUGGUGCUUUUGUGCCGAUCUUUACAUACUACUGGUAAGUCUUACCAGUGGCACACGCAACAGUGGUAGAUAGAUAAGUAAAGGAGUAAGAAAUCCAGUCACCAUCCAGUUGAAAAAUAAGCACCAUCUCACACAAAAACUACGAAAUGGUCAUCAUACUGUAUUAAACGAAAAAUGACGAUUCAAUGGAAAAAUAAGAUUGAUUAACUAAAAUGUUUUAACCAGAGCUCGAGGAAAAUAUCUGUAUCUAUCUGAAUUUUUCAUUCCUAGCUGAUACGUGCGUCUAAGAUUGAUAUAUCGGAAAAAAUAGAUCCUUCGAUCUGUUUAUUUAUGUUGUUGGAAUCAUUUUAGUUCAAUUUACAGGUGAGAACUUGUGUAAACCAAUAUCUGUUUAUGUUUAUCUUCAGCACAACCUAAUUAAAAGAUAACAAAAUGUAACAUUAUUCCCUUAAGAUGCAGUCAGAUGUAAACUAUAUAAAACCGUUGUACAUUUUAAUAUCGCUGAUUGAGUCAGUAACGAAAGCGAAUAAACAUUUUAGAAAGAGAUUGAGUGAUGCAUUACAAGCCUCAGAUAAUCAGGAUCCACUUCAAAAGUGUAUUCAGCCUUCUCCUACUCCAUUGACAUCUCAAUUAUCAGCCAUUUUUAAUGAACCAGAUGUGAAUCGACCAUCCAAGGAAUCAACCGUUUCCCAAACUGUUGAAAAUACUAAAAAAUUUUCAAUACAAUCAAAAGAAGUGGAUCAGAAUGCCGAACUGACAGACAACAGUACACAAUUUCCAGUAUAUGAAAAUAAAAAGUCGACUAAAUUUGAUUGUUAUAAUUUUAAAAAAGUAGUGCCAUUAUGCAGUGAUAAAAAGUUGUUACCGCUACUCAUAAUCUGUUCUGUGCUAACUGUUUAUUCCCUUACCCAACUUGUAUCUAUUUUUAUUUUAUUAUACCAGUCGAUAAAGAACCCUUUACUCGCUCAUCAUAUAAUCUAUUGUUUAUUUUUAAUUUCAUUGAUUGUAGAGUUUUAUUUCUUAUUUACUAGAAAUAAUAACAGGCAUACAUUAGGCGCAAUUAUGCUUGCCACCUUAGUUAUGACUUAUUUGAAUGUUAUUUACAAUUUAGUAGUAUCAUUUAAACAAGUAUACAAUGUACAAUAUGUCAUACCAAGUGUAAAAAGUAGGAGAGCUGAAUGCAUGAACACUCUACAAUCACAAUCAUUAUCUGUAACACCUACAACAACAGCACAUAAUAUCAAUGUUGCUAAUAAUAUUAAUAAUAGUACUAUUAUUGCUACUGCUGAUACUAUUACUACAAAAAAUUCUACUAAAAAUGAUGUCAGUAACCUAAACACUACUACCACUACUAUUAAUGCAAAUAAGUAUACACUUUGCCCUAUAUUAUGGAUUAGUAAAUGUGAUGCAGUAUGCGAAAAUAAUGAGUCCGCUGUAGUUUAUAUCUUACUUAUUUUAAAUAUUUUAAAUUUUAUAAUUCCAUUAUUAAGUUUAUUAUUUCUAAUGUAUUGUCUAAAUUCAGAAGAAAAUGACAGUACAAAUGGUGAACACUGUGAAGCAUAA